AGCCACUUUGGCUCUCGGUGUGCGAGUGGUGCGUCGCUCGGAGAUGUCGCGAAAAUUGUCACAAGUUCUGGGCGAUGCCGACGCGGACGAAGACCUCAAGGAAGACCUCACGCCCAGAGUGGGCGAGGCGCUGGUCCGCGCCACUCGGGUGGAAGACGAGGAGGGUCAGCUGCAGGAAACGCUCGGGCUGGAGGCGUGGCAGACAAACUGGGACGACGUCCAUGCCAGGCUGAAGAAGAUGAGCCUGCCAAACCUGGACUUCAUCCUGCAGCCGUGCAGCAUGAAGCCCGCGCCAGGUUCUGGCAUCGUGGGCCGCGUGGACCUGGCCGUCGAGUACCUGAAGGGGGUGGCCAAGGAGACGCGGGCCACUAUCCGGGAGGAGGAGCGGGUGGAGCGGCUCAGGCGCGAGGCCGAGGCCGCCAAGGCAAACAGGGAGCUCUGGGGAAGCCUGCGGAUCCAGAGCUGGUUCCGCGCCUGGGUGCCUCGGCAGGCCUUCCUCGACCACAUGAGGGCCACCGCCAAUGCCCGGCGGGCCCGUAAGCAGGCCGAGGAGAUCGCGAGGAAGUGGCAGCGCGUGGGGCCGCCCCCGGACAGCGCCGUGGUCUGGCUGCACGACCGGGGCGAGAGCGCGGCCACGUACAAUCUGAUGGCAGCGCCUCGGCGGGCUCGGCGGCGGCUCCUGCCGCUGGGUGUGGCCCCGCGCCCCGCCCUCGCCCAGCGGCGUGCCGCAGUGGUUCGAGACCCCGGAGCUGCCCGUCUGCGCCGUGGUGCGCGGCGUGCCAGACCGGCCGAGGCGGGAGGAGCAGGCCGAGGAGGUCGCGAGCGCCGUGGGGAGGGUGCACGUGGUGCUUCAGUCCCUGGAGGCCCGCGGCGGACGAACACAAGGGCGUGGGUAAGAAACCCAAGAAGAAGUGAGCAGGUAGUUCCACCACGGAGCAGAGUUGGGGCCAUGGCGGCACGGGGGCAAGGGUGGGGAGCCCUUGCCGGUGACGGGGAUGCAGCUGACAGCCAGCGCGGAGCUUUUGUUCGUGCAGUCCUCCCUCCUCCAUCUCCCCUCCCCCCGGAGCAAGAAUACGUGGUUUCUGUAGUAACGGAUGCCGCCAGCAGGGAAAAUGACAGAUCCUGUCGUAACGGCGGCCGUGGCUUUGUGAAAUGCGGCCGAAGUGUCGCAACGCUGAGCUGUUGCUAAGAAUAGGCGGGCUUUGUCGCAACCGAUGCCGCAAGCUGCACUUGCCGGCACGUAGCGCUCCUCCUCCUCCUCCUCCUCGUCUUCUUCCUUGGCUGUUGCAUUCACCGGCGUCGCUCCCAGGCUGGAGUCCAUGGUAGUUUUUUCUCCGGUUCCUGAGCGCAGCCGUGCGCCGCCGCAGGGGUGGCGGUGGCACGUCGCUGCCGACUGCGUCCCUGCAGAGGCGGGACGAGCGGACAGCGUGCCCACGUUGAUGCGUCUGCUUUGCUUUCCUCGCCUUUUCGGGCCUCGGGGUCUCGUCCAAGAGAGACCACGCGCCGCAUUUGCGGUUGAAACUUCUGAACCGAGCUAGACUUCCGAGCUGAUGGGGAGUAGCGAUGGCCAAAAAAAA